GGGGGGGCACUGCCCUAGGGCUUAUUGUCUUUAUUGUUCUCUUGGUCUCCAUGGGAACCAAAACACUCCGCAGACAGUCCGCCUUUUUCUUGGGUUAGGCUUUCAAGGCCCAGGCCGGCCGUUGCCCCGGGAACCGCAAAGCCCCAGGCGGAGGGGAGCCAAGAGGCCCGGCAUGAAUAGGAAGAAGCUGCAGAAGCUGGCUGAGUCCCUCUGCAAAACAGCCAAGCACUUCAAUAGAUACGAAGUGGAAUGCCUCAUAAACCUUUUCAACAACUUGGAAGUGGAGCCCAGUGACCGACAUGCCGCUGUUGGUUUAGAUCGUAAUUCAUUUCGAAAUAUCCUUCACGAUACAUUUGGAAUGACAGAUGAUAUGAUAAUGGACAGAGUGUUCCGUGCUUUUGACAAAGACAAUGACAGCUGUGUCAGUGUAACAGAAUGGGUAGAAGGCUUAUCAAUAUUUCUUCGAGGAUCUCUGGAAGAAAAGAUAAAAUAUUGCUUUGAGGUCUAUGACCUGAACAGUGAUGGAUAUAUAUCACGGGAGGAAAUGUUUCAUAUGUUGAAGAACAGCCUGCUCAAACAGCCAUCAGAAGAAGAUCCUGAUGAAGGAAUUAAAGAUUUAGUAGAAAUAACACUGAAAAAAAUGGACUACGACCAUGAUGGCAAGCUCUCUUAUGUGGAUUUUGAAAAGGCUGUAAGAGAUGAGAAUCUUCUUUUAGAAGCAUUUGGACCAUGUUUACCUGAUAUGAAGUGCAGGAUGGCGUUUGAAGUGCAAGCAUUCCAAAAUACUGCUGAGUUAUAGGUCUGCAAAUGAAAGAUACUAUCUGAAUUAGUGUGAAAAAAACUAUACAUCUUUUUAAAGUAAAAAAAAGGCAAGUCAGAAAUUUGCUUUCAUCUUUUGAACAUCCAGAAUGCAUUGAUUUCAAUA